AUGCCCCCGCAGGUGUACCUGCUCACUGCGCUUGCUGACAUCCUGUGCGGAGAAAGGAACACGGAGGCACAGCGCGAGCGCGUGUGUACGCUCUCGCGGGGUGCGUUUGGGCGCAUGGUGAUCCACCCGCACUCGCUGCCCGAGAAGGACCCGGAGGGCCGGACGGUCAUGACAUACGAGGGGGACGAGAUGAGAGGAGGGCCACGGGGUUGCUUGCAUAGGUGCCUGGUCAGGUUCAGGAAAGACGGGGUCUCCACGGAGGCAGUUAUACAAAGAAACUUCGACAUAUUUACGGAGCUCGAGGACAAGCUAACUGCGAAAGCGAAGCUUUGA